CCCAUCAUUAAGAGGACAAGGCCAUCCUCUACCGCUGUAACUUAUCAUCGAAGAGUAUGGCGGCAGCAGAAGCCUCCUCCUCCUCCCCCAAUCCGCCGCGUCCUGACCUCCGCCGCCGCCAGCGCCGCCUCGUAUUCGACCGGCGCUACGGAUGGAUUUUCGACGAAUGGACGGACCCGGCCGUCGCCGCCCUCUCCGGUGGCAGGGGAAUGUUCUGCGUACUCCCGAUGGCGCAGUCGCUGAUGAGCGCGGCUGCAUCUUCGGUUGACUAUGCAGCCGAUUCAGUUAGCACAGCUCUUAAACGCCCUGACAUUUUCUCCCCACUGGCAUAUCUUCCUCACCUGCAAUUGCAUAGGAAGCAACAAACUUGGUUCCGCGGACUUGAGCGAUCUGGAGUCGUAGCUGAUACCAAGUUAAUACCAUGUAGUACUCUGUAAGCGGAAUAUGGAAAGAAUGCACAAGUCAGUUCUGUCGGCGAAACACGCGUGGCUUCCUAACAAUGUCUGAAAGAUAGCUUGGUCAAAAUCUUGAAAUGCUAGCAACAUUUCGCCCGGUUUUGUGCAAUUGGUUUUUAUUACUUCCGUGUAUCUCCUCUGAUAUUAUCCUUCUCAAUACUUUUUGGAUUAA